UCUCUAAUCAAGAUACAGCGAAGUUAAGCGUAAAGAGAAUGAUAGAGCAUUUUUAUAACUGAACUGUUCUGCAGUAUAGUGUAUUAAUUUUGUAUUUGUUAAUUAAAGCUUUCAUAUAUUGCAGAUGUAAAUAAAAAUAAUGAUAAUACGAAAUAAAAUUCAGUUACGUUUAGUUUGCCUUACAGUUGGUCUUACACAUUUGGUUUUGGUAUUAUUGCGUCUUUAUGAACGAAUAUGGGAAUUAAUUAUUUUAGAAGAACCAUUUAUUUACCAUGAGCAUCGAAUAAUAAUAGUUUCGUAUAUAGUGCAAAUAUUAACAAUUUCUUUGCUUAUCUACGGUUGUAGAGCGGAUAGUCCAAAUUUUACUGUACCUUGGUUGGUAAUCACAACGCCUAUAUUUAUACUAUCUACAUUGUACGGAGUCCUAGUCUUAUUUAAAGAUGAAUUAUCACAGACUUCUUACAACAUCUUUAGUAUUUGUUCCGUUUGGUUAAUGUGGUAUUUCGUGUUAAAAUACAACUUAAAGCAAAAUACACUAAUAGGAGGUUUAUUGAAACAUACAAUUUAUAAAAAAUAUAUAAUUUCGCUAAAUUAACAUAUAAAUUAGGGACCAACAAGUCGCAUUUUAUUUAAAGAUAAUUAAAGCUUGAGUUACAACAUUGUGAUAUAAAUUUACAAACAAAUGUUAAUUCUAAAAAAUAAACAAUUCUUAAAAUAUAACUGUUAUAUUUUAUUAAACUCUUCUCAAAACUAUUUUCAAAAAAUAGUUAAUAUAAAAGUAACCUUUGUCUAAAAUAUCAUAAUUUCGAUAGUCUCGUGACUUGUAAACAUAGUAAGUAAAGGUCCAAAAAAGCCAACAAAUA